AUGGUAUCCAAUCGUCGUUAAAAUUCAAAGAGAGUAAGAAGACAGCACUGAAAACUGCAGGACGUUUUCUAGUUCUUGCUAGUUUUAAACUCUUCGACGUCAUGCCGCGCGGUCUCUUUACCAUAAUUGGGGUGGUAACUGGGGCAGUUGGUGCCGCUGUGUUGGCCCCUGUGGCUCUCACUGCGGCGGGUUUCACUAGCGCUGGUAUCGCGGCAGGUUCUCUGGCGGCCAGCAUGAUGUCGUCAGCCGCCGUAGCUAACGGGGGUGCGGUGGCUGCAGGAAGUUUGGUCGCUGUCCUCCAGUCAGCAGGUGCUGUUGGUCUGUCUGCAGGUUUGACAACAGCUGUGGCAUCUGUGGGUGGCGCAGUAGGUGCUGUGUUUGGUGGAACUGCGGAUUGGUUCUCUGGGCAUUCCAAAAGUCCAUCUCCAGCUGAAGAUGACGAUUACAAUGAGGAAGGGGAUGUAGAUGAGGACUUUGAAGUCCAAAGAGCUUAUGCCAUUGAGAAAUUAGCACUUCACAACAGUCAUGGAAGGCUCUAGGAAGUACCUUUUGUGUGUGUUUGCAUGGACCGGCAUUUUACGGUCUUAUUUUGUUAGCAUGAUAAAAUAAAAAAGGAUGUCUAUUAUCACUGACUUAAACAAGAUUACUGGAUUGCCAAUUUGUCACCUCACGAUAAGCAAGCCUGUGAAGAUUAUAGUUCAACCUACUUUUUUAUUGCAACUAAGUAGUUUACACCCUGUUAUAAAAAAAAAUAUUCUCCUCUUUCCAUUUUGAUUAAUCUAAAUGGUUCACGUGAAAAUAAAUUUGUAAUUUACCGGUACUUCUCUCCGUGUGUUAUUUUAUAUCAU